GAUAGGAGGGGAAAGCUUGGAGAAAAGCUUGAGAGAAGUAGGCUAUUGACCUCACAUGUACGGAGUACGCGGAGCGAUGCCGAUCGACAAGCAAACCAUCCCUGUAUGGACACUGGGUAUAACAGCAUCACCCAUCUAGUAUCACAUCAAAUAUGCCGCAUUUCCCGUUACUCCUUAGCUGACGUUGUCCGAGCCCUUUCUACCUUUUCUCCUACAGCUCGCUCGAUCUCGUGAAGAUGCAUGAUUUCUCCACUGGUUCCAGGACGCUGUCGGGUCAAAAGCUCUCGCGGCUGAUCGGUCUGGCAUGCUCAAUUGCUUUCAUACUGUUCGGCUAUGAGCAAGGCGUCAUGGGGGGUGUAAUCACCGGCCCUGCUUUCACCAAGCAAUUCCCUUCCAUCAAUACAACAACGGCGAAGGGCAAUACCCAGCUUCAGGGAUUUACCGUCGCCAGUUAUAACAUUGGCUGUUGGGCAGGUUCCCUGCUUACAAUGUUCAUCGGUGACAAACUUGGCCGUAAGAGGACAAUCAUCAUCGGAGCUUCGGUUCUCGCAGUAGGAACCAUUAUUCAAUGCAGCUCAUACGAUCUCGCCCAGCUUAUCGUUGGUCGCAUCGUCACAGGAACUGGUAAUGGGAUCAUCACGUCGACCAUCCCGGUCUGGCAUGCAGAGCUCUCCAAAGCUCAAUCCAGAGGGAAGUUUAUCACGACUGAGUUGUCUACCAACGUGGGCGGCGUUGCUGUCGCGUACUGGGUUGACUAUGGAAUGUCGUACGUCGACAACGGCGCUCAAUGGCGGUUUCCAAUCGCCCUGCAGAUUUUCUUCGCUGUCAGUACGAUCUUGAUCCUGCUUCCACUCCCCGACACACCACGUUGGCUGGUCAAGCAAGACAAACGAGAAGAAGCUCUGGAGAUAUUGACGCGUCUCCACGGGCAUGAUGGCGUGGCAAACGCCCAAAGGGACCUGCUUGAGAUUGAAGCUGCUCUACAUGAAGAACGUGUUGCACAAGCCAAGCUUAAUGCUCAGGGACCCAUUCGCACCAUCUUUUCCAAUGGAGAACAACGUUUCUUCUAUCGAACCAUGCUCGGUGUCGGUGGCAUGAUUAUGCAGCAGCUGAGCGGCAUCAAUUUAGUGACUUACUACGCGCCCUACAUAUUUAUCAAGUCCGUUGGCUUCUCGACUCGUCUGUCAGCUCUCAUGUCCGGCUUUCUCAGCCUCUUCUACUACCUCUCGACGCUCAUUCCGAUCUUCAUCAUUGAUCGUGUCGGCCGCAGGAUUCUCCUCCUAUGCAGCUUGAUCGGCAUGGGUACAUUCAUGUUUGUACUGGCAGGCACCACAUCAGUGGUCUCCUUUGCUCCCGGCAUUGUCGCUACUGUCUCACUAUUUGCGUACGACUUCUUCUUCGGCGUAGGCUGGAUACCUGGCCCAUGGUUGUUAACCCCGGAGUAUGCUCCUCUGACCAUCCGGAGUCAAGCUGCUGCAUUAGCGACCAGCAGUACGUGGAUCUUUACAUUUCUCGUGGCGGAGAUCACACCGAUUGCCAUCAGCAAUAUUGAGUGGAAGACAUAUCUCAUUUUUGGAUGCCUGAACUUUGCAUUCUUUCCUAUUAUAUAUCUCUUCUAUCCAGAGACUAAGGGUAAAACGUUGGAGCAGAUCGAUUUGCUCUUCACGGGGCCCAAGAUAUUGAUUAACGUCUCUAAUGAGGAAUUGGCAAGGAUGCAACAAAGACAAGUCGAGCAGGUUAUUGAUCACAAGAGUUUCGUCUUGAAGGGGAUUACACAGGCGACACAGGCGAAGCAUGUUGAAGAGGCGUGAAAGAUGUGACACGGUAGCGGAAU